AGCCUGCCUUCAGAGAUGCAGACAAGAAUCUUUGAGCCAGCACCAGGAUCAAGGAAGGUUAUAAUUGCCACAAACAUAGCUGAGACAUCAUUGACCAUAGAUGGCAUUUACUAUGUGGUAGACCCAGGAUUUGUCAAGCAAAAUGUGUACAACUCCAAGACUGGCAUGGACCAGCUGAUCGUCACACCAAUUUCACAGGCACAAGCCAAGCAGAGAGCUGGUCGUGCUGGCCGAACAGGGCCAGGAAAAUGUUACCGGCUCUACACCGAGCGUGCUUAUCGGGAUGAGAUGCUUCCAACGAAUGUUCCCGAAAUCCAGCGCACCAAUCUUGCUAGCACUGUGCUGUCGCUCAAAGCGAUGGGCAUCAAUGAUCUUCUCUCUUUUGAUUUUAUGGAUGCACCACCAAUGCAGACGUUGAUUUCUGCAAUGGAACAGUUACAUGCACUCAGUGCCCUGGAUGAUGAAGGGCUGCUCACACGCCUUGGUCGACGGAUGGCAGAGUUCCCACUGGAGCCUAUGCUGUCUAAGAUGCUGAUCAUGUCUGUACACCUAUCAUGCAGUGAUGUCCUGACCAUUGUCUCCAUGCUGUCAGUUCAAAAUGUCUUCUACAGACCCAAGGAUAAACAAGCAUUGGCUGAUCAAAAGAAGGCCAAAUUUCACCAGCCUGAAGGGGACCAUUUGACUCUUUUGUCAGUGUACAAUUCGUGGAAGAACAACAAAUUUUCAUCACCAUGGUGUUAUGAAAACUUUGUUCAAAUUCGAACCCUUAAGCGAGCACAAGAUGUGCGCAAACAAAUGUUGGGCAUUAUGGACAGGCACAAGCUAGAUGUGGUGUCAUCAGGCAAGAACACAGCAAGGGUUCAAAAAGCCAUCUGCAGUGGUUUCUUCCGUAAUGCUGCCAAGAAGGACCCACAGGAAGGAUAUCGCACUAUCGUUGAUUCCCAGGUUGUCUAUAUUCAUCCUUCAAGUGCUCUGUUCAACAGACAGCCAGACUGGGUAAUAUACCAUGAAUUGGUGAUGACCACUAAGGAAUACAUGCGAGAAGUGACAGCUAUAGACCCCAAGUGGCUUGUGGAAUUUGCACCAAAGUUUUUUAAAUUCUCAGACCCUACCCGCCUCAGCAAGCAGAAAAAGCAGCAGAAGAUUGAGCCAUUGUAUAACAAGUAUGAAGAGCCCAAUGCUUGGAGGAUCUCCAGAGCUUUCAGGAAGUUCCACACCAAAGUAACAUUCUGACCAAAUCUGUCACCAUGCCAUGCUGUGGGAUACAAUUAUGUCUAUAUAUGUAUAUACUUUUGGUCUUGUGCUGAUGAGUGCAAGAUCAACAGAGACAAGUGGGCUGUUUCUUUUCCAGCUGUGUACAUAAACAAUGUGUCCAAAAACAGUUUUUGAAUGCAUCUUAUUGCAAGCACAUUUCAAACUAUUUUCUCAACAUGCAAAACACCUCAUGCCAUUUCAAAAGAUUUGGUUACUUUGAUGGUAGUAGAGCAUUUUCUGGGUCAUUUGUAAGUUGGUUAUGUUGAUUUUGCAAACUGUAUACACAUAAAGGUUUGAAAAUGAAGCCGGCUUAGGCCUAACUGGGAUACAAUUGACAUACCUGUUAAAUAAAUAACUUUGUACUGGGAAAGAAAGAAAUUAUGAAGUGCAUGGCUGUUUUUUUUAAAGACAUGUAUGUGAUUGUGUUUGCAUGCAUGUCAUCACAUAGGCAAAGAGAAGCAUGAAGUGUGUUUGAUGUGUAGAGAAUUAAAAAAAAGAAAUGGA